AUCGCCGAGGAGUUUGCUCCUGCGUCGUCGCGUGGGUAGGGGGAAGCCGGGCCAAUGGGGGGGCGCGAUAUUGAGCGGCGCUGUCGGCUUGGUUCGUUGGUGGUGCCUUAUCAACUCCGGACCGGAUCUGCUCGCUACGGUCCCGGCCCGGGAUGGCUUCCAACUACAAGAAGGCACCGCUGGUGGCUCCACCUCCUAGGAAGAAGACGGCCCCUAAAACUGAACUCACUGAAGAGCAGAAGCAGGAGAUCCGGGAGGCCUUUGAUCUGUUUGAUACUGAUGGAACGGGAAACAUAGACGUGAAAGAGUUGAAGGUUGCCAUGAGGGCACUUGGGUUUGAACCCAAAAAAGAUGAGAUCAAGAAAAUGAUCAUCGACAUUGAUAAAGAAGGAACUGGGAAGAUUAGCUACAAUGACUUCUUAGGAGUGAUGACCCAGAAAAUGGCGGAAAAAGAUUCCAAAGAAGAGAUCCUGAAAGCCUUCAAACUCUUUGAUGAUGACGAAACCGGCAAAAUCUCUUUCAAAAACCUCAAACGUGUGGCCAAAGAACUGGGGGAGAAUCUCACCGAUGAGGAGUUGCAGGAAAUGAUUGACGAAGCUGAUCGGGACGGGGACGGGGAGGUCAAUGAGCAGGAGUUCCUGCGCAUCAUGAAGAAAACCAGCCUGUACUGAGAUGAUUCGUGGCAUGUCUCUGUGUCUUCUUCAUGCCUCAUUAUCCAUCGACCAAAUUCGGCCUCCCUCGUGCCUGUUUCGGAGGGACGAGCAGUGACCCGGAUCUUGUGUGCUUUGUGAGGCCCCUCACGGCUGCCUUUUUCUAACCCACAUGAUAUCUGUUGACAUCCACGCCCAGUCUCCCAAGUAUUAUAUUUCAAAUACAUAUUUUCUGUUUACAACCGUGGUGUGAGGCCGCCCGUGAGGUUAAGCUGUCUUUGAAAGGAGUUCAAAAGGAGUGCACACUGGCUUGCUGGGUGCCCUGGACUUCAACGAGGAUAAUUUUGCGAGGGAUCCUUUACACAUUCUGAGAAACAAGGGAGUUUCUUUUUAAGAACAGUUAUUCAGAGGGUCUGAAUCUUGCACUCUAAGGCACUUAGGACCUGCCAAAGCAGAAAGAUGCCAAAGUGCGGAUGGCUCCAGAUCCGCUCCUGCUCCAUCUUGAUCGUUCUCUGUGCCAUCCAGGAAGUGGCUGUGCUUUGAAUCUGGAUUCUGGAUGUCGAGGCUAAAACGCAGUGCCUAAGACUUCAUUUAAAACAAACUAUAGGCUCGUUCUCGCUACUGUGAACUGGAUAGGACCAACAUCCUUCCCAGAUUGGGGGGCUGUGGGCACUCCUGGUUUUUUAUUGUGUGCGAGUAAAAACUAGGCAGGAAGAGGGGAGAGUGAUCAUGGGGGAGCCUCGUGCAGGAUGAGGCUGUCCUACCCAGUGCCUGCACCCAGCUGAGGUAGGUGGAAGAGCCAGCCUCCCCAGUGCAAGGCUCCCACACCAUUAUUCUCACUGCCUCUCUAGGUUUUUGCUAGGGAUGUGGUCGAAUCGUUCUGGGGCCUCUCCAAAGAGGCGCCAGAACGAUUCGGCUUCCUGCAGCCAAAACGUUUGGGUGUGGGGCGAGAGAUACCUUUAAAGGGAGGCAGUUCGGUUGUACCUACUCCUCUGGUGAGCCGAUUCGUCAAUGCCAUUUGUGUGCUGAUGCCGCCCGAGGGCUGCUGGGAGCAGCAUCCCAUUGGCACGACACGACAGUUUAAAGGGGACAAGUUAGAUUGAAAGAACGACAGUGGGUCGGCGUGGCAGCGGCUCAUCAGAGGAGCAGAUACGACCUGCCUGCCUCAUUUUAAAGGUACCCUUCCCCACCCACUGGGAUAUGCACGAAGCAUUUCGUGCCCAUCCCUAGUUUUUGCUCUCGCACGAUAAAAAAAAUCAGGUGUGCACACAGCUUCUGAAGCUGGUAGGGUGCCCAUUUAUGGUCAUGAGAACCAGCCUACCGGCUUCCAGCGCAGGGCCCUGCCGACCCAAGACCAGGGCACGUGUGCUUGUUUCGUGUCUCUCCAAAUCGCAUCCCUGCUGCUAAUGACCUCAGGAGAGGCUCCGUCCCCACUAAAGACUGUAUCAUCGCUGUAGUGGCAAGCCUCCCUAUGGAGAUAAUGGGAGGCUUGGUGCUGCAGGGUGGCACAAUUCUUAGUGGCCACAGAGCCUGUCUGAGCUUGUGAGCAACACGGGCGCCGUUUGGAGAGGCACAAAAUGAGCGGGGGCACCCCAUCCUUGGACCGGCAGGGUGCUGACCUAUGUGUAAAGCUGCAUACUCCUUCUUAGCCUUUACCUAUUCGCCUUUACGAUUUCUCCCCCACCCACCCCCCGAAAGCUUUGAAUGUAAAUCGAUGCCUUUCAUGUCUGAACUGGCUGGAAGCGGCCUGUAACUGUUUUUCUAAAUGCCUGCGGCUUGUAGUGUUCUCUCUGAAACGUAAAGGUGUUCUCCAACUGUU